UCGUUUACUCUGAGUCUGCUAACUUACAUACAUGCUGCACAGCCGUUUCACUAUUAAAAAGCCAUCAUAUACUUCGGACAUGGUGGACACGCAGACGUUUGCCUGGCCCGUGGGAUUCGGCCUGAGCGCUCUGGAACUGGACGAACUGGACGACAGCUCGCACUCAAUGGGCAUGAAACCUUUCUCCACGCUGGACUACACCACCAUCUCCGGCAUGGAGUACGAGCCGAGUCCGCCGCAGAACGAGAUGCCGCACAUGAUGGAUCUGACGCACAUGUACAACUACAGAGCGCAGGAGAACUACAGGAUGCAGGAGAGCGUCUACAGAGCUCAAGAGAGCAGCUACACUGCUGAAGAGAGCAGCUACAGAGCACACCAACCCCAAAAUUCAAUCAAACUUGAACCCGAGUCUCCUCCACAGUUUGUGGAGAACAGCCUGCCGUGUGGAUUCUUCCGCAGAACCAUUCGGCUGAAGCUGGUCUACGACCACUGUGACCUACACUGCCGCAUCCACAAGAAGAGUCGCAACAAGUGCCAGUACUGCCGCUUUCAGAAGUGCCUGAUGGUGGGCAUGUCACACAACGGUGAGCUGAGCAUGAACCCGCGAGAACUUGGACUCCAUGAACUUUCUUCUUGUUCACAGCCUUUCGUUAUUCACGACAUGAAGUCUCUGUUGGAAGGCGAGCAGAUGAUCAACUGCCGGCAGAUGCCCAUGCAGGAACACAGGAGAUCCGACAUGCACGAGGUGGAGCUGCGCUUCUUCCACAGCUGCCAGUCGCGCUCGGCCGAAGCCGUCAGCGAAGUCACCGAAUUCGCCAAGAGCAUCCCGGGCUUCGUGAACCUGGACUUGAACGACCAGGUGACGCUCCUGAAGUACGGCGUCAUCGAAGUCCUCAUCAUCAUGAUGGCGCCGCUCAUGAACAAAGACGGCACCCUCAUCUCCUACGGGCAGAUCUUCAUGACCCGCGAGUUUCUCAAGAGUUUGCGCAAACCCUUCUGUGAAAUGAUGGAGCCCAAGUUUGAGUUCUCCGUCAAGUUCAACAUGCUGGAGCUGGACGACAGCGACAUGGCGCUGUUCCUGGCUGUCAUCAUCCUGAGCGGAGAUCGACCGGGUCUGCUGAAUGUCAAGCCCAUCGAGGAUCUCCAGGAGACGGUUCUUCAUUCUCUGGAGCUGCAGCUGAAGAUGAGCCAUCCCGACUCUCUGCAGCUGUUCGCCAAAGUGCUGCAGAAGAUGACUGAUCUGCGGCAGCUGGUGACCGAUCACGUGCAGCUGAUCCAGCUGCUGAAGGAGACGGAGGUGGACUGGUGCUUGCACCCGCUUCUGCAGGAGAUCAUGAGGGACUUGUACUAGUGUGUGUUUAGCAGAUGCACACGGUUUUGAUUCUGAGUUUGGUUUACUGCUCUGAUGUAGUCGGUGAAGUUUUUGCACUGUAAAAAGCUUUUGUCAGCAGAGAAACUAGAACAGGGUGUUUGACAGCGACCGCUUUGUGAUUCGUUUCUGGCUUUCAAGAGUGCCGUGCCCAAUGCAACAGCGCUGGUUAAAGUCUUUUACCUGGUGAUUUAAAACCACACUUGUGUCUGUGCAUUCAUAGCCCUUACAGGAAACAUCAAAGUGACACUCCAUAUUUCAUUUUUAAAAAUAGCAUAAAUACAGUGGCGUGCAAAAGUCUGGCACCACACCGCAAGUUAGGGACUUUUUUAUUUAACCCUUCAAUUAAGCAUUUAAGAAAAGAACAAUAAAGAUACGGUAAAUGUUUUCUAGGUGUCUAUCUAGGCAAAUAUAAAUACAUUUUCAUUUAAAAUAGUGACAAUCACCAUGUUGAACUCAUUUAAUAGAGAUUUUUCCAAUUCUGCUGAUAUAAUUAGUAAUUAGUAAAUAUACAUGUGGGUUAAAUCGUACUUUACAUGCUUUAAGAAGUAUUUUGAACUUCAACAGAAGCAAAAAAAAAGAGUUUAACAUGGUGAUUGUCACUAUUUUAUAUUUAAUUUAUUAUAUAUUUAAAUGUAUUUUAUUAGAGGAGAAUACGAAUUAAUUAGAAGCAAGAACUCGUGGUCUCAGACUUUUAGACCCUGUCUUAUUAUGUUUAAUUUUUGGCCAUUAUCAGAAAGUUUCAAAUAGCACUAUCAAAGAGUGCCACAUAUACGUCUCCAGCAUUUGUUCAUGUAGGGCUGCAAUAAAAGUGACUUGUCUUGAAGAGAGAAGAGAAAACUAAACACACACACCACUAGCAUCAGAUGUACCAAAGAGCUGGCGUUUGUCUCAAACUAUGCACAAAAUAUAUGACAGAUAAAUCUGAAUGUGUAAGCGUGUAGUUUCAUUUUAACCACUGAUAUUUGUGUUUGUUUUUUUGCUUAUACAUGGAGCAAAUACAACACUUUCUUAGAUUAUUUUCCAUCUGCUCUUUUUGCCUCAAAUUCUGAACUUAAAUAUGUUGUCUUUUACAUAUGUGAAAUUUUUUUAAACUGCAAGGGACUUUUUGUUUUUGUUUUGCUUUAUUUUUCUUAGUCAGGAUUUCUUUUCCAAAUCAUUCUAAAGCCUUGUUUUU